AUGCUUGGGCCCAAGCCUUCUUGGAAGAGGACCUUACACCUUCCCAAAAGUACUUUCCCACCCAGACCGAAGGUAUCAGACCGCCCAACAUACAUCAAGCGAUGUACAGAUGACCUAUACAAGUGGCAGAAAGACCGACAUCCAACCCCUACAUUUACACUACAUGACGGGCCUCCAUACGCGAAUGGUGACCUACACAUUGGCCAUGCGCUUAACAAGAUACUGAAAGACAUCACAUGUCGCGUUCACUUACGGGAGGGUAGAGUGGACUGGGUCCCGGGUUGGGAUUGCCAUGGACUACCAAUCGAGCUUAAAGCUCUUCAAGAGCAGGGGAAGAAGCCUGGCAUUCUGACUGAGAAGGCGGACCCGGUGAAUAUAAGAAAUGCGGCGAGAAAGCUGGCAGUAAAGACGGUGGAGAAACAGAAGAAGUCCUUUCGAGAAUGGGCGAUUAUGGCAGAUUGGGACAGUGCUUGGACUACAAUGGACAAGGGUUUUGAGAUCGAACAGCUACAUGUCUUCAAAGAGAUGGUGAAAAAGGGCCUUAUCUAUCGGAGAUUCAAACCAGUGUACUGGUCUCCAUCAUCGCGGACUGCGUUAGCGGAGGCGGAGCUUGAGUAUCGGGAGGAUCAUAUGUCUACGGCUGCAUUCAUCAAAUAUCCACUUCACGACUGUUCAGAGGCUCUCAAAGAGAAGCUCAACAUCAAUAUAAAAUGUCUCAGCGCUGCCAUAUGGACGACUACACCUUGGACUCUUCCAGCGAACAGAGCAAUCGCAUUUCACAAGGACAUAGAUUAUGAAAUCGUCCAUUCUGCGGCCCACGGCUAUAUCUUGCUUGCUGCUUCUAGAGUCGACGAGUUGCGGAGGCACUGCAAAGAAGGUUUAAAGACCCUUCUUUCCAUUCAAGGAAGAGAGAUCAAUGGAAUGACAUAUCGCAGCCCAGUGUUCGACAGCCAGGCAUCGCCCAGGCCACUGCUACAUGGGGAUUUUGUCACGGAAGGAUCGGGAUCAGGGCUGGUUCAUGUGGCUCCAGGUCAUGGCAUGGAGGAUUAUGAGUUGUGCCUGAAUCAUGGAAUUCCGGCUUUUGCUCCCGUCGAUGAUGAAGGUUGCUUCGUUGACGGCAUAGAAUGGCUGUCAGGUCAGGAUGUGUUGACCACAGGAAACGAGUCAGUACUAAAGCGUCUGUCGGAUCUUGAUUGUCUCAUAGCACGACAUGAUUACAAGCACAAGUACCCAUAUGACUGGCGCUCGAAGCAACCCGUCAUCGUGAGGGCUACAGCGCAGUGGUUCGCAAACGUUGGCGACAUUCAAGAGUCUGCUUUGGAAGCAUUAGACUCCGUGAAGUUCAUCCCUACAAGCAGCAAGACUCGACUCCAGACCUUUGUCAAGAACCGGAAUGAAUGGUGUAUAUCAAGACAGAGGGCGUGGGGCGUGCCUAUUCCAGCGCUAUACAACAUCGAGACUGAUGAGGCACUUUUGACUGAGACCAGUGUGUCUCAUAUCACCUCAGUCAUCAAAGAACGUGGCAUAGAUGCAUGGUGGACUGAUAAUGAAAUGGAUCCUGCAUGGACACCGCCACCGUUAAGGAGUCACCAAGGCGAGACAAAGUAUAGGAGAGGCAAGGACACCAUGGACGUGUGGUUUGACAGCGGGACAAGCUGGACUCAGAUGCAGAGGGUAUCAGAAAAUCAUACUCAUAUCGCUGACUGCUACAUUGAAGGGACUGACCAGCACAGAGGAUGGUUUCAAUCCAGCCUGCUGACUCAUGUGGCGUACCAAAGAGAGACUGCUCAGAUCGAACCGGAAGGCGGUCCAGGCUCCGUACAAAUUUUACCAUCAGCACCCUACAAGAAUUUGAUAACCCAUGGUUUCGCUUUGGACCAGGAUGGGCGCAAGAUGAGCAAGUCUGUCGGCAACGUCGUGUCCCCGAGUGAAAUCAUGGAAGGAACACUUUUGCCUCCAACGAAGAAGAAGAUCAAUGGGGCAAUGACCGAAAUUCGUGAUGGUAUGGGCCCAGAUGCUCUUCGCCUGUGGGUUGCGAGUUGCGAUUACACUACCGAUGUACGAGUCAGCCGAACUAUGCUACAGGCAGUCAAUGGCAGUCUGUCGAAGUAUCGCGUCACUUUCAAACUUCUUCUGGGUAUCCUUAACGACUUUGAUCCCUCAAAGUGCUCUAGCUUUAGAGAACAGGCCAGCAGUAUCCACCAAAUUGCCCUCCUGCAGUUGCUAGAGGUGAAGUCUAGCGUGGAGAAGCACUACCGCUCAAUGGAAUUCAACCGAGCUAUGGCCAAUAUUAAUGCUUAUGUCAACACCAAUCUCUCAUCUUUCUACUUUGAAAGCAUCAAGGACGUGGCUUAUUGCGGCACUAUACAGGAACGAGCCCAAGUCCAAGCUACACUGUACUGGAUACUUACCGAGCUGCAACAGAUGCUUCUUCCUGUGACCCCUUUGCUUAUUGAAGAAGUUUGGGACUACACCCCGAAGCUCAUUAAAGACUACAACCCUACACCACCUGCAAUGCGACUACGCAAAAACUCGAGCCUUCCAGUUCAGCAAGACAUGGGGAAGCUUUUAUCGAAGUCUGAUAUUCCUCUUUUAAUGCGAGCCUUAGCUGCAGUCAGGAAUGGGCAGGAAGCUGCUCGAAAUGACAAGAAGAUGGGAGAUUCCCUGCAAUCGUACGUUAUGUUGGAGAUCAAUCCGAUGCUGGAAGCAAAAACCCCGGCUCUUGACCUCUUGAGGCGCUAUCAGGAUGACCUGGAAACUCUCUUCGUGGUGUCUCACGUCAGCAUUGUCGAAGGGGGAAAUCUAUCAAAAUUAGACAAAGCCAGGUGGUCCUACAACACGGAUUGUGAUAUUCAGGGGCAGAUGAUCAGAAUACAUGUACACGAGCCGGAGCAGGCGAAAUGCAAUCGAUGUUGGAGGUAUAAAGCCCCUUUGGAUAUACCAAAAGAGGACGCUCUAUGCCGAAGGUGUGCGCUGGUGGUCGACGACUUGAAGGAUCGAACGCCCGGGCUUUUCGAGUACGGUCUCCGUACUUAA